AUGCCACCUGCUGUCUCGCCGAUGCCGUUCACGACGCCGGUCACGGUACCGCAGCACCACGCACCACAGGCGGCCGCGCAGGCGUUGCCGCCGUGCCAGACGGACCCGCAGCAGCGAGCAAAUGGCCGCCAAGCUCCUCAAGCGCCAAGCCCGCGAAAGCGGAUCUGCCCCGUCCGCGAAGACAUUUACGCCCAGUGCUUUGGUGCGCAUAUCCACGUGCUCACGGAAGUGAAGCGCGAGUACGAAAACAAGGUGCUCGAACUCACCAACAAGCUCGAGGUCGACCUGAAGUGA